AUGGGCUCCAUUUCAGGUGGCGCUGCUACUGAAGUCUUUGACCGACGUGGCGAUUUGAAAUUGGUCGUCGGGGAAGACAACUCGGAAAGGGGCACCUUUCAGGUCUGCUCUCGUACUCUCGCGCGCUCAUCCCCUGUUUGGGAUACCAUGUUUUACGGUCCGUUCCGCGAAGGGUUUCCUCAACAGAACAGCGACGAGUGGACCGUGUCGCUCCCCGAAGACGACCCCGACGGGCUUAGAGUCAUACUCUCCGCUUUACACGGCAAAUUCGACGCCGUGCCAGAGGGGGGAUCCCUCGACUUCAUCGUCAACCUCGCCGCUCUAGCGGACAAAUACGACACGGUCGCAUCUUUGAGGCCAUUUUGGAAGAUCGCCCGCUUACGGAACCUCAACUAA